AAUAUUUGCGGUGGUAACACUAACAAAUGGGCGACAGCCGAGGGUCGCAAUAAAUCGGUGUUUCCUUGGAAAUAAUAUUGAUAAAGCGUAAAAUAACAGAAAUAAUUAAGCAUGGAAAUGAUAUUUGGGAUUUGUUGGUCACAGUGCUUUUGGAUAAAUUGUGAAUCAACACACGGUUAAAGAAUGAGGACACUAAGAUAUAAUAUGUGUCAACAUUUUGGUGACAAUGGACGCUAAAGACUUGAGGACUGAGCCCAUUUUGAGUGAACGAAGCAGCGAUGGCAGUAAGUACGCCCAGAGCGGAACGUCGCUCCAAUGUAACAAAAAUAAGUCAUAUCAAGAUAUCGGAUCAAAUCCAUCGGCUAAAGUGGACACGGCGGGCGCGCGUCCGUGCGCAGUCAUUGGGCCCGAUCGAGUUGUCCCGCCGUCUGAGCCUAAUGAUGCGUAUUUAAAAAAAGCACCAGUCGAGCCGUGGCCAUGCCCGGAUAAUGUGUACCAUCGUCCACCUGAAUAUCCACAUAAGACUGCUGCCUAUCUUAAUCCAACAAGGAAUAUAUCUCCAAGACAAACAUUCCAAGAAAACAUGCAGCGUAUUAUGGUGCCUCCAACAUACAAUUCUGUUAAAGUUAAUGAAGAUGCUGGUUUCAUACAAAAGGUGAAUGUGACUUCUGAUGCAAAGUAUUGUGAAGUGCCUUACUCUGUUAAUAAUACUACUAAUGACCCAAAGAAUAUACGAAGUGUAGAAAUGUGUUUACCAAAUGUGAAUUCAGGACUUGGGAGACCUCCACACGGUUGGCCUCCCAGUGGGAUCAAUGUUCGUCCUCAGAGACCAUAUGUCUCAUCUGACAUGUAUCAGUUCCCUGAAUAUCCCAGCUGUGCUGGUCCUCGACCUGUAUCUGUAGCAAGACCCCAUAGGACAAUUCCAGAAGAGAGUGGCUACAUAUAUCCAGAACAUUACUAUACAGAACCAAACAUCCGCUUCAAGCCAUAUCCAAAUGUGAAGGAGAGAUAUCCGCAACCAAGGUAUGAUUAUGUUACCAAUUAUUCCAACCCUUUUCACCCAUCCCCAUGUCCUCCACAGAAAUAUGAGCUACCUAAAUCGUUACCUCUUCAUCCAUAUUCUGGGUAUCCUCAUUUUAAGUAUAUAGAUAGUAGAAUGCCUGAAUCUAUGAUGGAAGGGUAUCAAAGGCCAAUUGGUCAGCAAGGUAGUUACAAUAUAGCAUAUCGUAAUCAGAUGCACCCUCAAUAUGGACCUGUGUUGAGUAACAAUUCGCAAUCUAAAAUACCAACAUACCCACAGGAUAGUGCAUUAAAAGCAGCAACCUCAAAUAAACUCCCUUAUGAUAGCAAUGGCAAAAUAUAUGUAGAAUAUGAUAAUACUAGAGCAAAACCAUUUCCACCAUCUGAGGGUUUCUAUCCCAAUGAAAUUUCUAGACAUCAUGCAAUCCCAAAAGUAAUUGGUCCCAAUUAUCCCCCAAUAAACAUGCAUUCAGUGCCUCCUCAUUCUUAUUACAAAAAAGACAACCCUCAAAUAAAGAACUAUGAAUAUGUUAACCAUUAUAAAAAUUUUAAUCAUACAAUAAAUUUGAAUAGUCCUACGCAAAGGUUAAUUACACAGUUUUCCCCAAAUGCAAUAGCAAUUUCACCUACUGACUCUAAUACAAGUAAUGAUACUUUACAAACACAUGCCAUAACACAUGAAGACUGUGCAUAUGUAAGCCAGUCUUCAACAACAAGUGUAAGGAGUAUAGAUUUAGGAAAUAGCAGAAUACCAAAUGAUUAUUAUACAAGAUAUUAUGAUCCUAGAUAUGGUCCUAUCAUUAGAACUGCUCCUCCAUUAUCCAAAACAAUUAGAAAUAACAAUAAUAGUAGCACAGAUAAUAAAGACAAAAAGGAUAUGGAUGUUAGAAAAUUUUUACAAAUGUGGAACGAAGGUGAUGAUGAUAAUCCUGACAAUAGUUCUAGUAAAGAUAUUGUAGUGCAAAAUAAUUCUAAUGAACCAAAUAAUGCUUCAAAACCGCAUGGAGUCAUGAAUAAUCAGGAGCAACUUUAUGUUCUAGGAUUAGUUAAUGUACCAAGUGAAGAACUGAGUAAGUAUGAACACAUUCAAAAAGUGUCCAAGCUACCAGAAAACAUUAAAGGCUACAACAGUAUUGAAUUACUUAAUCAGUUUGAAGAAGUAAUUGAAUCUUCUAAUAUGCAUGGUUUUAAAAUGCCUGUACCUAAAGAAUUUCAUGCUCCUACAAAGCAGUGUGCGCCUAAACAUUCUAUCGGUACAUUGCCUAGGCCAAUAUCUCCGUUGGAUGUAGAAGCAAAAAUUAGCCAAUCCGUUAUUCAUAAAGAGGUAGGGUGUAAUUUCGAAAUAAAGCCAUGUAGCCCUAAAAUGUUAAAUGUUGAAAUUGCUGCUCCUGUUCAGAAUAUAUUAAAUGAAAGAGUCAUAGAAAAAGUAACAAAUCCUCUGUCAAUGAUUUCAUCACCAAUGUUAAACGGAAUAGAUAACAUUGAACACUGUAAAAUUUCUGAUACCCGACAAGAUCAACUUAUAUUGGAAGAUAGCAAAGAAAUUUCGAGUUGUAAUAUGAUAAAUACCCAAUUUUCUAACCCUAUCACUAAUUCAAUUAAAACAAACUAUAGCAUUCAAGACUUAGAAAGUAAUGCAGGUGUGUGUUUAGCUUCACUACCAAGACUUGAUAACGACAUUGAAUUAAACUUUCCCGAGGUCAAUCAACAAUUCAUUAAUGCAAAUAAAGGAGAACCAGUUAUAAAAUCACAUUUAAAGGAUUUGCCAGAGUUUAGUGACUUAGAUGAAACUGGCAAGAUAAUAAUUGAUAAUAAACCUGAAAAUGUCGGUAAUAAUUUAGUUUCUCCUAAAGUUGAAACAGAAAGAGAAUUCACAAAAUUAAGUAAAUAUAGAAAAACUAAAACAAACACAUCUGAUGCUAGACCAGAUAAAUUGGCCGUAAAAGCUAUCAGAACCGAUAGCGUUAUUAUAAAAAAUCCUGAAAAUUUAAAAGUUUUAGAAAAUAGUAAGGAACAAUAUAUCAUAAAUAAAAUUAAUCAACCAUAUUCUGAUAAUUUACCUUUACAAGAAGAUUUCUUAGCUGAUACGAUUCCAAAUAACAAUAGUGUACAUGAAACUAAAUCUAUUGAUGUUGCACCUAAUUCUCCAGAAAUGGCAAUAGAUUUUAGGCUACCUAAAAUCGCAGGUGAAUCCUUUGAAAUUAGUACUAAUACCGUGAAAAAUUGUGAGCCAGUACAAUUUUCUAAAAAGGAAAUAUUGAACGAAGGUUAUGUUUUAUAUGGAAAUAAAGAAGAAGUAACAAAAUGUACUAAUUUAGAUAAGGAAGGUGUGCUGAGCAAAGAAAUCAAUGACCUUUCAUCUACUGACAAACGUACAGAAAAUGAAACCGCAUUUAUUGCCCCAGCUCUUAAUAUAGAUUCUUUUGUUUCUAGUUCUGAAAGAAUAUGUUUAGAUGUUGCUAAUAAUGUAAGAAAAAUUGAUACACCUCCUGAUUUACUAUGCGCUCCGGAGAAAAUUACCACAUGUCAAGAUACAAUACAAAAAGAAGUCCCAAGACUACAAAUUAAAGAAGAAAAUAAAGCUCUAGUUGAAACAUUUAUUAAAAGUGAUAAAGAAACAUUGCCUGAACUACAAGUGAAAACUAGUGUAAGCAGCCCAGAUGCUAUUAAAUAUGAGAAUGAAGCCCAAGAGAUUGCUGCCUGUAACGAAUUAUAUGGAAGGUGUAAUGUUAUUAAACCAACAGAAGAUAUAAUAUCAAAAAGUGAAGAGCUUCCUGAAAGUGACACAUCCGUUGGUGAAAGCGACAUCACUAAAAAUGAAAAUAAUAAAGAUAUUUUACAACCUGAAUCUGCUGUUCAGGUACCACAGAAAGUCAAUGAAGAAGACAAUAGUAGUAGAAAGUAUCAAGAAAUAGCGGACAAUACUAUUAUAACAGUUUCCGAAAAGCCCAAGCAAGAAGAAGAUUUGCAUGAUGUUAUGGAAAUUUGUGGAUCUAAACAAAAAACUGAUAUUACUAAAGUGUCUAAUUUUGGCGAAGAAUUCGAGAGUAUAAAUGAAAAACAGAAUUUCACUAAGGAAAUGGAUUCUAAUCAUGAAAUAGACAAUGAAGAAGAUUUAGAAAAUAAUAAGAAUGAUAUUCAAAAGGGUAAUGAAUCCGUGCGAGAUAUUACGAAGUUCUACGGGUAUGGCAGCAAAGAACUUUACUCGCCGUGGAUUCAAAAACUUAUCAUGUUUGAUGAAGGAAUUUGCUGCACUUCGUUAUAUUCGAAAGAAAGUGAAGUAUCCGUAGACAUCGAUACUUUGGAAGUGGUCCCAAAAUUGUUAGAUAUAGAGAAAGAAUCCUGCUCAGCCAAUUUAAAUGACCUAAUUUCCUCUGAAUCUACGGUUUGUGAAAGUAUUUCCAAUAGUGUUAACAGUAAUGAAACAUUGCAGUCUGAGAGAGUUAUUGAAGCGGAAACCAACACAUUAUUAGAGCCUAUAUGCGUUGAGAAGUUUCAUACAAAAAAUACUAAUGAUGAAAUGGAUAACUCCGAAAAUAAUCCUCCACGACAUAUACAUAAUGAUGAAUCUUCAGUUGAUAUUGAUGAAGAUACGAAAUGUAGGAUAAUAAAUAAAAAAAAUGAUGAAAACAUAUGUGCUAAUGGCACAUCUAAGCCCGGAAUUUCUGAAGAAUUUGAUCAAGUUGGCCUGGAAUUGGAUUUGAAAGAGCAAUCAUUAAAUACUCACGUUGAAAAUAAUGUCGCAAAAGGUGAAAAGAAAAAUAGAAUUGAUUCAUUUACUAUUAAACAAAUUACCAACAAUCAUAGUAAGUCUUUAAAGAGGUCAUUGUCAGAUUCUGCUUUAGACAUGAUCAACACGAAACAAUCUAAACGAGAAGAGAUUUCUGUUGUUUGGCCAUUUAAACGCAGAAAAAUUGUUCAUGCUGAAAAUAUAAACGAUUCUGAAAUUAUUGCUCAAAAUUUAUGUAAUAUAUUACAACAUAAUAGAAGAAACUCCAUAUCUGCAGUUUACAAUGAAGAUGUGUCCUUUUGCAUAUUGAUAGAGGAUAAUACUAUCUUAACUGAAGAUAAUGAUGAGGCAGAUAAAAUUUGCUACACCGAGCUCUCAGAAGACAAUUUAAAUGAAGUAAACGAUACUUAUACAUGUGAAGAAAACAAUUUGGAGGUUACAAGCGAGACCAUCUCAUGCGAAGAAGAGAUAAAUUGUGAAUAUCCUGAAAAUAUUACAGUCAAUGAGGACUGUGAUGUAGCUGUUGGUGAGACUUGGGUUGAGGAUAUCGGAUGUAUGGAAACUGUCGUCAGUGACGAUAUUGCUGAAGAUAUUGUUAUAAGUACUGCUUCUACUCCAACGGAAAAUGAUUUUUGGAAUAAUGAAGAAUCAAAUAGUUACAUAAAUUGUGACAACGAGCAUGAUGCGUUAGCUGGCAGUCUUAAGUAUGAAGAUGCCGUUAAUUACAGUGACCCCGAAAUACUUAAGCUAUGCGAGUCCUCACAAAUAAACGAAAAUAGAUCAUUAUUGCUGAGAGAACAUCAGAAUUGUGAGAUAUUUAAUGGACUGUAUGACAAUGAGUUGUUAAAAAUUCUUUCGGAAUCCAAUAGUCACAGCGGCUCACCAUGUGAUAACACCGAAUGCGUAAUUUCUUCCGGGCCUCUUGAAUGUAUUGUACCUCCAGACGAAGCAGAAAAUACAAAUAUUGAUAUUUUAUCGGAAUUAAGCCGCAAAGAAAAUUGUGUUAGUGUUAUUAAUGAUGUAGAAAAUAAUAUAAAAAUGGAACAUAGCAGUUCAAAAACGUUUGAAAAAAAACAAGAUGUUACCGUGCAUUCUUGCGAAUCUAGUAUUGAUAACGUUUUUUCUUAUAAGUAUAAAGAUAACAGCACUAAUUAUGCAAUAUCUAGUUCUCCCGAGGUUUCAUCUACUACGUCUGAAGAAAAGAAUUCUAGCUUACUAUUAAAAAUUACUAAUUAUAAAGGCACGAAAAUAUCUCAAAUUAAUUCAUUUAAUGUAAAUAACAAUAAUAAUAUAUCAUGCAAAUUUACAGAGAAAACCGAUUAUGUAAAUCCAAAUGAUAAACUCAAUUCAAAAAGGCCUUUGCUUACAAAAGCUGCUCAAAAAUACAUUCCACCAAUAAAAGAAACUAUUCGUGAUCUUAAAGUAAAGUUAUCCUUACCUCAACACAGUUUAUUAAAACUAAAGCAAAUAAAAACGUCCAAAGAUGAACCAAAGUUUAAUAAACAAAGUAGUGUGCCUUCUAAGCUUCCAAAGAAACCAAAACCAAAUUUUGAAGAUGUUCUUAAAAGUAUAGAUGAAAUACAAAUUAAGAUGCACAAGGAGAAAAAUAAGAAAGUUAAGAAAUCUAUACCUAAAGUAGUUAUUAAGAAAAGUGAAAAUGGUUCCCAUUAUGCUAGUACGUCAAACAAAGAUACGUUUAAUCCAGAUCUAACUGGAAGAAAAUGGCAACCAUGGGUAUUUUUGGAAAAAAAUCAUUUCAUUGAUAAAAUGGCAACGCGAAGAAAAACGAGAGCGAUUUUCAGUCAUAGAAAAAAUGCGUUUGUCUUAAUCGAAAAAUUUCAUAAAUACAAAUCCGCGAGCAGUACAAAAUUUAUAAUAUCACAACCCAAACUGAGCGACUCAUCGACGGGCCAGCUAAAAUAUACAAUAAGAUUAAAACAUAGCUAUUGAGGGAGUUUAUUUGACGUUCCUUGCGUUUAGUUAUCAAGUCCAAGUCGGCCAAAUAUACUGGCUACUUCCUUAUCGAAGGAUCCCACCCUAACUAAGGUCUCGUAAAUAUCAUUCCUACAAUUCCAUUUUAGUUUUAUUUAGUAGUUACCCACAUUAGUUUAUUUCUUAAAUCUAGUUUGUAUUACGAAGCCAAAUUCUGUACUAAGUGUGAUAUGGAAAAAAAGACAAAGUAUGCAUUGUUUAAUAGUGCAAUUUGAUCUGAUCUGUAUUUUGUUACUGUAUUUCAAAGUUUAUAAAUUUGUUUUGCUACUGUCAUUCCAUUUAUAAUUAUGUUGUAAAUAUUUUAUUUAAUUGUAGGUAUACAGAAGAAACCUUCUAAUGAAUGUAGGGAUAGCCAUAAUGAGUGUUAGGAAUUAAUUCUAUUUCUAAGACAUAAUAUUUUCGGAUAAUACUGAUAUUUCUCGAUGUUAAGUUUAUGAUAAUGAUAUGAAAUAAAAGGUUUUAUUUUUUCUUUAUGGAAUAUAUUCAGGUAGUUUGUAUAGUUAUCAACAAAUCUCUUUGGCGAUAAAGUGAGCGACCCUAAUAAUAAAUACUGACGACUGCGUGUAUACAGGCUGAUUUUUUUAGCAGCGAUCUGUGUGACAGCUGCCAUACCAAGGAAGAUAGAUAAAUAUUUUUUUUACAACCGUCUAAAGUUAUUAACAUCAUUUAACAAGUUAUAUUAUGUUUCGAUAAAAAAAAAUCAUAAACAUCUUUUACCAAGGCAAAAUAGACUAUGAAGAGUAUUUUUUACUAAUAGAAUUAACAAAGUACGUACAAUAGAAGUUACUAAAAUAUAUAAUAUGUAUUGCAAACUUCAGCACUAUUGAAGUAGUAAAUACUAUUCUUGUUCGGCACAAAGUAUCCGACGAGCAGGUUGUUUGAGACAGCCUUUCGGUGAUAUAAACAUUUAGACCCGCGAUAGAAAAAAAACUCAGCCUGUAUAUAUAAUUUCUGAGUUAACUUUACGUUAUAUUUAAGGUGCUCACUAGAUUGUUAUGGAGUAAAGCAUUUAUAGAAAUUGUUUAAAAUGAAAAUACAAUCAGACGUAGGUACGUUAUACAGGUGCUUGAUCUGUACCAAGCAUUGUAUUUUUACAAUUGAAGGCUAAUUCCGUGUGUCGACAUCCACUGUAUAUAUUAUAGAAUUAUUUAUUAGAACUGUAAAUGAUGGAUUGUGGAAGGGUUUAACAUUGCUCACAUAAAUUAUAAGCACAUAUUUUAAUCAUAUCUAUUUUCGAUUAAGAUAUAUAGAUGUGCUAUUUAUUGUAGGUGAAGUACAAAGAGAGCACACUAUAAUUUUAUUAAUGUACCAUGUAACGCCGUGUUAACAUGUACCGUGUAUCUAUAAGUAGUAUGAGUUUGUCCAACGUCAUUCAAUAUAGUUUUGUUACGAUGUUGCAGUAAAGCAUAGUGUAGGUAGGUAAUAAAACUAAAGCGUGAAAUAACCAAAGCCAAUACUCAGAAAUAAUAUUAUUGUUGAAAGAGUACCUUUAAAUUAUUACAAAAUAAAUAUAUUCACCUACCAUUUGAGGUGUUUGCGAAAUGCCACUGUUUAUUAAUUCAGCUGAUAGAUAAAAUAUUUUAAGAUAACGAUAUUUCCACCACAAGGUGAUGCCUUAUUAAAAUAGAGCUACAUAGUUUCCGGUAUGUACUUUGCAGAAUGCAGUACGUUAGGUGCAAGACAAUGUCCAUUGUAUGUAUGCCACUUACUGUUGCAAUUUGUAAACCUGCAUGGGAUGCGUUGACAGUGCCUUCUUCUACUGCUGAUAUUACGCUACAUUAAAAUAAUGUAUAUUAUUGGAUACUGUAAAAUGUCCAUUUUUGUUAUUAACACCAAGCAUACAUUUUCGAAAGUUAUAUUGUUGAUCUCAUAGUCGAGGCACUCAUCGUGUAAUAGUUUUGCCUGAUUGUGCCUAUUAUUAAUAAAACACUAUUUUGAUAUCGUGUACAGGGUGUUCAGUAAAUAUACCAAAUAUCUGCUUUUAAGUCCUGCGUAAACAUGAAUUGCGAGUGUUGCCUUCGUAGAUAUUCAUAGAUUAGUAUACAAUUUUAUUUAUAAAUUCAUGUAAUGAGAAAGUGCUAGGUGAUUGAAUGGACUGUUUUAUUUAUUAUAGAGUAUAUUUAACUAAAACAUGUAAAGUAGUUUUAAAUAUUAUAUUGUGUAACUAUGGGUAAUAAAUGUACAAAGACAAAAUAUUUGUGUCCAGUGACAUUUUGAAAGUUCUUAAUGACUGUCUAUAUUUUGUGAAAAUAUCCUAACUAUUUAUAUAAAUUACCGUAUUUGGCAAGUUACGCCCAUAAACUUAGCACGUCGCAACAAAAUUUCCGUCGUCCGCUGUACCUUAGAGCAACGUAUACUUUAAAUUCCAUAAUUAAACAAUAUUUUGAUAUAUUUAUGUUUUUACUGACAAAAUUAUUAUUUACUGUAUAUGCAUUGUGAACGAAACUUAUAAAUAUUUCAAUAAAAAGACACUACACAUUUUGAUAAUGAAAAUUAAAUGUUUUUUAUAUUAUAAAAUAUAUUGAGGUUUGAAUGUCUAAAAGCCUUUUAUAUGGUUCCUUGUGCUCGUUUUUCAGCGGGUUGUAAGCGCGUUAAAAACAAAUGUGGGCCUCUGAAAUGAUGUUGCGUUGCUGCAAAGCAAUGACUGAUACUAAUUAACAUUUAAUGUUGGUUUAACUCUUAUUCAUAAGUUAUUUUGUUUUAUAUUCAUAGUCUACUACGUAUUGUAUGUUUGUUGAGCACUAUUGAGUGGAUUGUUGUUUUAUUUCCCUGCACAUGUUGGCCAUUGUUAUAACUUUAAAGUGAUUUGGUAUAUUUUAAUGUGGUUAAAUUAUUAAGGGUUAUGGAUUUAGUUAUUACUGUUAAAAGGGAUUUGUUUUCGUCAUAUAAUAUUAAUGCAUAUCUUCUUACGCUAAUAACGCACGUGAUAAUAUAUCGUGAUAGACCUAAUUGAAGUGUUUGCCCUGAAAUGAUUGUUGUACAUUAAAGCAGUACGGUGUGUGGUCAUAAAAUAUGUAAUAUUGUUAUUAAUGGGUAUAUGUAUCGUUUUCGAGUGGUACCUAGUUUUGAAUUGUUCUAAAAUGACCAAAUAAAUGUGUUCUCAAAUA